CUUGUAGAAGAUCUGCAAAAAUGCCGCUGAGAGACAUGAUACGCAGAGCCUCCACCUACAUCCUGGGUCCGGAGGAAGACACCAAAUACUUCCACUACGAUGACAACGAGAUACUGUUUUGUAAAAACAACGUCUGCGUGCAUCCACCAGCCGCUGCUCGGCACGACACUGACAUUCUCCACCACCCGGGCUACCUGACGAUCACCACCAAAGUAUUCGUUGACCAGUACAACGAGUCGAGAAGACCCACUUUAUUCCUGACUUGGAUCCCAAACUCGACCAUCGCGAAAAACACGAGUCUCAUAGUUGAUAGUCCCCUGAGACGGAGCUGCAAGAGAUCCAGCGUGGAGAGUUUGACUUCCAAUGACUCCAAUGAUUACGUGGAAAGAAGACAAAGCGGGGAGCUGAGGAACACGAACCCUUUCCUGAACUAUGACGAGAAAGAUAGGCUGUCUGAGUCUAUGAGCUCCGACGAGAGCGAGAAGCAUGGAAUUAGCAUUAAUGUGGAUAUAUCUAGUCCGGAGAUUGAGAUAAUCCAAACUCCCGAUAGCGUUAAGGAUCCAACAGAGCACUUUGACUUUUCGAGGUCUGAAUCUGUAACGUCAGCCGACAGCCAGAUGAACUGGGUCACCACACCAGAGUACCUGAUGCAACAGCACAAUUUAUCAUUUCCAGAAAGUGCUACAAAUUCUCCGAUCUUACAUGCGAAGCAGGUACAUAAAUGUAGGAGGUUCAAUGUCGAUUUGAGCCAGAUGAGAUCACUGAGAUUGUUCUUCAAUGACAACAGCUGCACAUGCGGCCAACUGGUUGUUGCGUCUCGAGAAUCGCAAUAUAAAAUAUUACAUUUUCACCACGGCGGUUUAGACCAUUUAGCCCAAGUCUUACAUCAGUGGCAUUCUUUACUACAUAGCAUCAAGUAUGCAAAAGGUAUAGAAGAAAAUCUACCAUAUCGUCACUUCAUGGUAUGUAGACCAGAAGUAUCAGUAUUGGAGCUGCACCCAGAGGAAGGUCAAGUGCCUAAGUUGACUGAAGACUUAUUCAGGAGUUUAUUCAAUGAAGUGGGGCAGCUGGAAGACGACCUAACUCUGAGGAAGAACGUGUUCUUUUCUGGAAUGGAUAGAGAUAUCAGAAAAGAAGUAUGGCCAUUCCUGCUUCAUGUUUAUCCNAAAAUUGUAGAAAAUAAUAUGAUAAAAAAAACUAUUCUCAGUGACCUCGAAACGAAGACAAACAUUGCUAUAAUGAAGAAUAUUCUACUUAAUUAUGCCGUUUAUAAUCCAGGAUUGGGAUACACCCAAGGCAUGAGUGAUCUGUUAUCCCCUGUGCUGUAUGAGCUCCAAGACGAAGUAGCAGCCUUCUGGUGCUUUGUAGGCCUGAUGCAAAGGGCUGUAUUCGUAGCCACCCCUACAGAUAGGGACAUGGACAGGUGUCUGCGUUACUUGCGUGAGUUGAUCAGACUGAUGGUCCCCAAGUUUCACGAGCACUUGAAGAAACACAAAGAUGCCACCGAGCUUCUUUUUUGCCACAGGUGGAUUCUAUUGUGCUUCAAGAGAGAGUUUACCGAGGCUGUAGCCUUGAGGAUGUGGGAGGCUUGCUGGGCGAAUUAUUUAACAGAUUAUUUCCAUUUGUUCCUUUGUUUAGCCAUAAUUUCUGUUUAUGCCGAUGACGUGAUUGCUCAAGAUCUUCGGUCUGAUGAAAUGUUGCUACAUUUCAGUUCCCUAGCUAUGUACAUGGAUGGUCAACUAAUUGCUAGGAAGGCAAGAGGACUGCUGCAUCAGUACAGACAAAUGCGAGAAAUACCUUGCACUCUAUCCGGUUUAUGUACCAGAUGCGGUCCUGGCAUCUGGGACAGCUCACACAGUCCUCGAAUCUACUGCGUAGGUCAUGAAAAAGAAGGGUACAGCAACGUUUGUGCGUACUGAACGAACUGUUGAAU